UAGUAAUUGAGUUGAAUAUAUAUUUCGUUACAAAUUGACACAGAAAGCCAUUUCUAACUAUAAUAAUGGCAAAUAAUACAAUCGAUAUUCCGUUCAUUGACUCGGAUUCGGAUUUGGAAUCGGAUUCCGAUGACAAUGUCAUAUCUGAGGACGAAAAUAAAGAAAUGAGUGAUACCAUUAAAAAACAGUAUGCAACUAGUUUCGCGUUGAUUAAAGAUAUCGUAGAUAUGAAGAAAAUCACAGGUUAUAUUGAAAAUAUUGCAAAAUGUUAUCCGGAGAACGCUUAUGAUAGGUUAGAAGCUAGUAAGGCAGAAAAAAAGAAACUUUCCGAUAUAGAGCAAAGGUUCGAAGAAAAAUUGACUAAAAGUCCUCUCCAUGUUCUAUUAGUUGCCAACCAUUUUCAUCAUCAGUGGAAUAAUAGAGAUUCCCGUGAUAAAUUUGAUAAGAAGUUGGAGAUUGAAAUUCUUUCGCGCAUAAUCUUGUUCAGUUAUGACAACGAAUCUGAAAUAAUAAUGUUAAGCAGCAUUACAAAUUUGACUGAAGCGGAAGAAUAUCUAAUGAAUCAUACACAUUUGGUUAGCAUGCAGAAGUUAGACAUACUAACGGCAUACACCCUAUAUUUGUAUAUGGAUAAGAAAACUCUUUCGACUAAAAAUGCACUUAAUCACUGCAUUAACCUAAGUGCUAUACUAGACGAAGUCGAAAUGUGUCAUAUCAGUCCUGAUGUUAGCAUAAAACUACAAUUCGCAGAAAUAAAACAGGAAAAUAAAGACAAUAUUCAUAUACUACGAGAAAAAAUCAUACUUAUACUACUCAGUAUAACCACUGCCAUCCAACUGAUUUUCAAUGAUUACUCAACUGGACCACCACACGAAAUCUUUACUGAACAAAACAUUGAUGGGUCAGAAAAUGAGUCACUAGACGAAGAUACUCGUAACACUGAUGAACUUGAAAUAGAUGAAUUUCCUAUUGGACCGUAUAAUGAUGCUGUUGUUGAUAAUGAAGUCAUUGACUGUGACUUAGCAGUAGAAAAUGCAACUCUCACUAAUGACAACAAUGAUAAUAUAGAAUUUGGUGGUUGUCAAAAUCACAGAAUGGCUGCGUUUACACAGAAUUAUGGUAGCGAAAUUCAAAUGGAUGAUGAGUCCAUACUUUCAGAUGGUCAUAGUCAAACGGGAAGCGAACUCUUCGAUGAUAUACCCGAGGACGAGGAGUGCCAAAACGACCAACAACAUUCCAUGGUACAUCACCCCUAAGAAUUCGCUAAUCAUUAUUGUCUUCACAGAGAUCGACUGUAGAGGUAAACCUCAACAUCUUUAGUAAUUUGGAGCUUUUCUAUGAAUUUACAA